UAUCUGGAUCCAAAGCUUUGUAAUAUAGAUAAUUUUAUCUAAUUAUGUAUAGAUGUACAGCAACAUUAUAUGGCCACACUGCUGAAUUGACUGCCUGUCACUACGACUUCAGUUACAGAGCAAUCGCCAGCAGUUCAUUGGAUGGUACAGCCAAGUUGUGGGAUGUGAGGAGGACAGACAGCUGUCGUCACACUAUUGCUGGUCAUACAGACGAGGUGCUAGACAUUUGUUUCGAUUCAGUUGGUCGUCGAGUGGCUACGGCGAGCAGCGAUUGUAGUGCUUGCAUCUGGGAUGUAAGCAGUGGCGACUUGAUUUCUGCAAUGAUGGAACACACAGCAGAAGUUACAAAAAUUUUUUGGGAACCUGCUGGUCAUCAUCUGCUCACUGCAUCACAAGAUCAUAGUUCUAAGUUUUGGGACACAGAAACUGGAGAAUGUUUGCAAGAUUUAAAAGGACAUACUGCUCCCGUAUUUUCGGUCUUAAUGAACUACCUAGGUGAUACAAUAUUGACGGCUUCUAAAGAUAAUACUUGUUGUGUUUGGCAACAAUUCAAUUCAAAAAAUAAUUAAUACCUAAUAUAAUUUAAUUAUAUUUUAAAUUUACUAAUUGUUAAUAGAAUAGUUAAUUAUAUCAGACUUUUUUUACAACAUUAGAAUGUAAUUAUUAUUUUAAUUUUUUUUUUUUUUUAUGAAAUAUAUUGCCAUCCUUGAAUUGAUCCAUCAAUUGUAGCUGACAACAGUGUGUUAUGUCCACACAUCGGUAACCAUAAUGUACUGCUUGUAACUAUAUUUUGACACAAAUCUUCA